AUGCGCCUUACACGUGCAGCCUUGCGCGCCGAAGCCACCCAGCACAUCGAGACAGCCGACGCGUCAAAUCCCCAUACCGACCCCAAGGAGCGCGUUCCAUUGGGCGAGGUCUCCGCCAACGCUGCCAUCGAGCCUGCCGACCCAGAAGAAGCCCAACCCCAGAAAAUGCCCGCAAAAAAGACCAAGGGCAGAGGCGGCGCAAAGAAAAGCGCCAAGGCGAAGAAAGGGAAGCCCGCUGAAGACGACGUGGAUGCGGUCCAAGUUCUAGAAAACGAGCGACAAGCUGCAGGGAGCCCCGCGAGCGAUGCAGCUGUUGAUGAGCUGGCGAGGAAGCCCACGGACGAUAUUGCCCAACGCCCAGUGAGCGACCAACGACCUGUGAGCCCGCCUUCAAAGGCUGUCCGCAUGACACGCCGCCAAUUGGCCAAACAGGACGAGGAAUUGUCAAAAUCGCAGCGCGCCCGCACUCCCCCACGCCCUGAGCCAGCCGUAGAAGAAAGCGUCGAGGACACAACCGCCGGAGCGCAAGAGGAGCCACUUGCCGAAUCGCAUGCGGAACCAGUUGCAGAAACCGAGGAAGAAGCCGCCGAGCCACAAGAGCCUGAGACUAUCGCACCGCGGGGCGAUGAAGGGAUCGAAGCUCAAAAGGCUGAAGCAACUCCGGACAUCGAAGCGCAAAAGCCCGAGGUCGGCGCACCCUCUGUCGAAAUAACGUCUGAGCCAGAACCGAAGACGCUAACUUCAGAAAAGACAUGUGAGGAGGAGGCAACGCCGGUAACAAGUCGUCAAGGUAGCCGCGCGCCAUCGCGAAGUCCUUCUAAGUCACCAGCGAAGUCUCCGAUGCGUCUCGAGGAAUCGAUUGAGGCCAUCGAUGCGCUGGAAGAGGCUCUUGAGAAUGUUGGAAAAGCUAUUCCCAUAUUCGACCAGUCGGCCGAUGAAAAGUCCCCUAAGAAAGCGGAGUUCCCGAGGACCGUAAUGUCGAAUGCCCAAGGAAAGAUGAGGAAAUCACCGCUUGCAUCCAGGGUCUCUAGGAAUCCGACCACGGCGCCCAAGUCCCUGAAGCCCACAACGAGACCAGCAGUGUCGCGAUCAUCUAGUGUGCGUACUGCUUCAUCCAAGGAAGCUCGGAAAGGGUCGGGAGAAGUCUCAGACUACCUUGCGUCCAAACGGCGACCUAUCAGCAUGUCCUUUCCCACGCCUCCACCGCCGCCCAAGUCUACGAAAGCACCCACGAAGCCAUCGUUCCAGCUCCCGGGUGAAGCUAUAGCUGCCAAACUCAAGGCGCAAAAGGAGGAGCGUUUGAAGCGGGAAGCCGAAGCAAGGCCGGUCAAGCAGCGACCCAUCAGCAUGCCGCCUCCCCCGAAGUCAACCAAGGGCCCCACAAAUCCUAAUUUCCAGCUUCCUGGCGAGGCCGUCGCCGCCAAGUUGAAAGCGCAGAAAGAAGAGAGGCUAAAACGGGACGCAGAGGGCGAGGAACGUGCUCCACCUCAAAUCGUUCUGCAACCGCCGCCGAAGUCAACCAAGGUUCCGACUGUUCCCAAUUUCCAGCUCCCAGGCGAGGCUAUAGCCGCGAAGCUAAAAGCGCAGAAAGAAGAGCGUCUGAAGCGCGAGGAGGAAGCUGCAGAAGCUGCCAAGAAAGCAGCGUUCAAAGCCCGUCCAGCGCCCGCCCGAAAACCAGCUCCUGUACCCGUCCGACAGACAUGUGCUAGCAAAGCGCGCGAAAGUUUGAUGACGAAGGAGAACGUCAACGGCGUGACCAUCCCGCCGCCACCGCAGCGCACUAGCUCUAUCAACGCUGGUAAGCGCGGCAGCAUGGUCCUCUCCCGUACCAUGUCCACGUCUUCCGCCAACUCCUCGCACCGACAUAGCGCUAUAUUGAAUGCUGGCCCAGUGGCGAAGUCUACGGUUACCCCUGCAGAUGCUGCGGCACUGAAGCUGAAGGGCAAGGAGGUGUUUAAUAGGGACAAGCUGGAAAAGGAGGCGCGUGAGCGGGAAAGACGGGAAAAAGAAGAGGCGGCUAAGCGAGCACGAGCGGAAGCGGCGGAGCGCGGAAGAAUAGCGAGUAGGGAGUGGGCUGAGAAGCAGAGGAAGAAGAUGCUGGCAGCCGCUGCUGCAGCUGCAGCUCCGAAGGUGGAGGAAGCGGCGUGA